CGUUGAGACAUCCGCGCUUCUCCUCCUUGUCUGCACGCACGAAACCCAGCUGAUCCGACGUGGCUUUUGUUCGACCCCUGAUAGCAUUGUGAUGCCCAUAGAAUCCCCAGAACGUCCUUCUCUCCAGGACGCACCGGCGGAUGUGCUGUACAUCAUUGUCAGCUAUCUCUCAGUGCUCGAUGUCCUCAGCCUUAGUCUAACAUGCAGGUCGCUGCGCUACUUCAUGCGAGACCGCAGCAUAUGGGCGAACCUCUACCGCACCUCCAACCUCCCCCGCCCUCCAGGGCCGCACGCGAGCCAAUCGCUCGAGUUCCUGCAGGACACCCUCGUCCGCUCGUCGCGCCUCCAGCGCAACUGGGCGCCCUUCACCGCCAACCCCAGGGCCUCGCAUGCCGUACGCAUACCCCAGAUCGACCACCUCGCGCUCGUUGCGCACCGGUGGAUGCUGGUGGUGCACCGCAACACCGUCCGGUGCUGUGAUCUCGAGCGGCUCGGUUCCGACGAGGAGGCAGAGCUGUCACAGAGAGAUGUAGUCCACGAGAGCGUCGAAGGGGUGCGGUUCAGUGCGAUGCAGGCCGUGUCGACCACUACCGCGGAUGGCGUGCGGGUUUGGUACCUAGUGCUGGAGGAGACUUUCAAGGAGAACGACAGGCCAUUGUAUGCGACUGUCCUUGUCUUCAAACUCGAGAAUCUAGUUGACGGCCCAGUGAAACUGGUCGAGAUGUCUCGAGGAGUUCAAAAUCCAGCCCCACUAAACAAGGUUAUCAUUGGUCCUCGGGCCCUAAUCAUCGCUGGUCAAGGGGACAUCAACCACGCGGAACCACGCAAAGUGCGAGUACUCGACGUCGUCAAUGAAGGGCGAGAAUAUCAACUCCCGCCGCAUGUGUUACAUGACAAUCCCGUAACGAUCAAUGCCGAGAUGCAGAUAACAUACGCGUCGACAUUGACGCAUAUCCUAUCGUUCCUAACAUUUUACAGCCCUGCGCAAGGUUGGGCAACAUACGUCGAAGCGUUCGCUUUGCCUCCCUUUUCAGAAACUGCCGCCACCUCUGUAUCUCAAAUACUAAUCCUCACAAACUUCGGUCAAGCACCAGAUCUCCAUCUCGAUGCGCUGGGCGUUCUCCAAGAUUCCACGAUUGAUCCCCACACCGGCAACGUGCAAGUGACACUCAUUGGCAAAGGCUACGAUCAAUGGCGCUCCACUCGCGCGUCCAUCGUCCGAGUACGCUUAACCCUCUGCAAUGCCGAGAACAAAGACAGUUUGGAGGGCACGACCCGAACCGGCGACGUCGGCGACAUCGGGUACAAUGUGUCCAGGCAAGGUCGCAUCGACAAGCUCAAGCCGUUCCUCAUCGACUGUGCGUUCGACGGGUGCGCACGAGCUGUGCACGACAUGACGCCCCGAUCGCGGAUCGUCAACGCCAUAACGUUUGACGACGAAGGAGAUGUAUGGGUCGUCAUGUCGCAGGUGCAGCUCCCCGAGCCUCCCGGCGGAGGAUCAAACUGGCAGAUCGUGGGAUUCGAUGGGCUCAGAGGGCGCAUUUGCAGGACAUAUUGGACAGGAGCGCAGAGGUUUUUGGAGGUGACGGACUUUGCUUGA